GUUUUACCGGAAGUGUAGUUUACGGAAGCUUGCGGGGUUGCAAGGCAAGGUAAACAUGGCGGCCACAACAGCGACAGCACCUUUAGGAGAACAAACACCGACGUCGCCGUCUUCAGGGUCUGUUCCUUUUGACCUGUCACAGCCUCCCCUUAUUGAAGGAUUCUCUCCUUUGCCGAGGCUCAAAGAGGAGACUUUUAAAGAGAAGUUUCUUCGAAAAACGAAGGACAACCCUUUCGUCCCCAUAGGUUGUUUAGGUACAGCGGGAGCGCUAAUGUUCGGCCUUCGAGCGUUCCAUCAGGGCAAAACCAGGGAGUCCCAGAUGCUGAUGAGGGGACGAAUCUUCGCCCAAGGCUUCACCGUGGUCGCCAUCGUCGUUGGCGUCUUUGUGACCGCUUUCAAACCUAAACAGUGAAGAGACGGCGGCAACGCUCGCAACUCAGCCGACCUCCAUUCACCUUGGAAGCACACUGUUUGAAAGAACUGAAUAAUGCGUUGAGUAUAUAUAUCACUGCAUAUACAACAUCCUGAUAACAGUGAUGAGGAGACAUACUUUAUUGUUUAAGACCUGAUUUACAUAACGUUAUAUAGGUUAGUACAAACUACUCCUUUAUAACGUUAUGUAAGGAAGAUGAUCCAACAUGUCUUUGCAUAUGCAUAUAAUGUAGGCCUUUUUUCAGUAAUGCAAGUACUGUACUGUAUACGGAAGAAAUAAUACACAUAUACUUAUCAGUUAUUAAAAAAAUCACAGUACACAUUAAUAAGUACUGUUGUGUCACUUGCUGCUACACUUUAACGUCUAUAAAGCAGUUAAUCGGAAAACAGCUUCAACUAAAAUGUGGUCUUUUUAGCAACAGAAAAGACCAUAUACAACAAUACAUACUGUCCAUUUUUUUUAUUAUUGACCAAUUCCCUUUUGACAUUCACUUUCCUCGGUUAUUAUUAUUAUAUCCAAAUAGGCAACAUGUGAAAGAGAAUGUGAAAAUUCGCACAGUUGAUGGCACCUUAUAAAAGAUAGAUGACAUGAAAAACACGCUCUUUAAUUGGAAAUUUAGACUUACGAGCAAAAAUAUUUGUGUGCCAUUUUUGCUUGUUUGAAUAUUCCAAAUUGAGUACAUUUUAAGCUCUAGAACAGUGGUUCUUAACCUGGGGUCGAUCGAACCCUAGGGGUUCGGCGGAGCCUCCGCCACG